AAAAUCGAUUUUAUUUGAAUAUAUUGUAAGUACCAAAAUGUCUUCCUGUAAACGACCUGUUCUUAACCUCCUCAUCGCCGGCGACCGCCGCGUGGCUCGGUUCUGCUCCGCCUCCGUCAACAACAAGUUUGGAGGCGGUGCGACAACGCCGGCGGCGUCGGGCGAGGGAAGGGCGGGGCCGGGGGCGGCGGACGUGGAGAAUGCGGCGAAGGAUGUGGCGGAGAUGGCGAGGAUUGGGGUUGUGGGGGCGCUGGAGACGGGGCUGAAGCUCGGCGAAAUGGCCAAGCAGGCAGCGGACGCCACGUGGGACGUCACCAAAACGACGACGGAGAGGGUGAGAGACUCCGUCGCCGGCGACCGUGACGGCGGCCGGCGACCCGAUAAACACGUGGAGGAGCUGCGGAGGCAAGCACGAGUUUGACCAAACCAACCCCAACAGAAAAAAGACGAAUACGUACAAAAAUGGGUGGAGUGUGUCGUCAGUAGUACGGGGUGGACUGCUGGUAGCGGUAGGAUUUCCCCCCUAUAUUCAGAGUCUCGGGAAAUGAAAUUCGAUUUGUUUACACAUACGGCGACUGUCGUUCAACACAAGUCUCAGAGGGUGUUGGCAUGGCGGCGAUUCGGAGCGUUGGGGUUAUCGGAGGGGGUCAGAUGGGCUCCGGCAUAGCGCAGCUAGGUGUCGUGAACGGUCUUCAAGUCUGGCUUCACGAUUCCGAUUCCGCUGCUCUCGAGAAAGCGCAAACCUCAAUCUAUUCCAGAAUCCAGGCUCUUGUUUCCAAAGCCCAUAUCAGUAAGGAAAAAGGCGAUGAAGCUUUGAGGAACUUGAAUUGCACUUCGAGUUUGGAAGAUUUUCGCCAAGUGGAUAUUGUAAUAGAGGCGAUUGUGGAGUCUGAGGAGGUGAAGAAGAAGCUGUUUUCACAAUUGGAUAAAAUUGUAAAAGUUUCUGCAAUCCUGGCGUCUAAUACUAGCUCAAUUUCGAUUACUCGUUUGGCUUCUGUAACCAGUCGUCCUGCCCAGGUAAUUGGAAUGCAUUUUAUGAAUCCUCCACCUGUUAUGAAACUGGUUGAGAUUAUCAGAGGAGCUCAAACAUCAGAUGAUGCCUUUGAGGCCACAAAAUUAUUGGCUGAGAGGUUAGGAAAGAAGACAAUAUGUUCUCAGGAUUUCCCCGGCUUCAUAGUAAACCGGAUUCUGAUGCCAAUGAUAAAUGAAGCAUUCUGCACGCUCUACACAGGAGUGGCAACAAAGGAAGAUAUCGAUGCUGGAAUGAAGCUGGGAACUAACCACCCGAUGGGGCCACUAGAACUUGCCGAUCACAUUGGGCUCGAUGUCUGCUUGUCUAUCAUGAAAAUCCUCCAUUCUGGCCUUGGGGAUAGUAAAUACGCGCCAUGCCCUCUGCUCGUGCAGUAUGUCGAUGCUGGGCGCCUCGGUAGGAAAACCGGGGCUGGUGUAUACAACUACAGCAAAAUAUGAAGCCACAAUCAGCUAUGGUUGUGCACAGUAAUUCUCAUGUAGAUUUGUUAUGGUAGUUGUUGUAUGUAGCACAAGAUGGACACAUCUUGUUGUCAAGGAUGGGUAAAAACACUACGAUGCUACUUGCAAUUUUUAUUUAAGUUUCAGUCUGUUGAACAAAGUAUAUAUAUUUAUUUUGAAUUGUCUAAUUACAAAUUAAUUGUUUUAAAAGUAUUUUAUUAUUA